AUGUAUUUCUCACUCCACCCUAUCGGUCUACGAUAUCUGCUUGACAGCAUGCAGCUGCUGCCAACGACCAAAGAUGUUUUCGGAAGCACUACUGGCUUGUAUACCAUAGGAAUAAUAGCUCUACUGAUUCUGCUUGCGCUGAGACCAGUGAUAAUAUUUGGCCUGAAGCUGGCCCUCUCUUGCUCUAAAAAGCCAUUGGAGUUCGCUAUGUUGAUCCGCGUCAGAAGAAGGGUGACUGGCUGGGCGAUGAGGCGCAUUCUGUAUAGAAAGAUCUUUCGGCGUGGAAGUAGCUUGGAUACCUAUACUCGCGCGCAAAUUAUGUUUAUCAUGUUUCAUCUCUCGAUAAACUUUGCCUUUAUUCUCGUCAACAUAUCAAGCUCCGAGGAAGUGUUCUCAAGAGCAGGGAAGUUGGCGAUUGCGAACGCAAUCUUACUGUACCUUGGCCCUGGUCUUGACUUUUCAACCUCUGUUCUACGCAUAGGUCUACGUGCCCAAAAGCAACUGCAUGCAAGCGCGGGCUACGUCGUGGUAGUUCUGAGUAUACUUCAUGCCGCUGGAGCUUUCUCGAAGAGAGGGUGGCUAGCUGUAGAGCAAAUCCGUGAUCUCCUCCCUGCCUUAGCUUUACUGGGCAUUUGCAGUCUUGUGUUACCUCUCAGAGCGCUUGCUACAUUCCUACCGUACGAACUAGUUCUGUUCGUACAUAAUACUCUUGCACUGUUGUCAGGGUACGCCAUAUGGUGCCACGUGCCGGCCGAUCAGCAACUGGUGCGAGCAACUUUAUGCGUGAUCGCUGGCAUAUUCUUACUAUUGCUGCUCACAAGAGUGCUUAUAAUGGCGUAUAGAAACCACUUUUGGUUUCAAUCCAUUUCAUUCGAGCAGAACGGGACAUCUCGCUACGUAAGAAUAGUCAUCAGCUUGCGGAGGCCCCUUCGUGUAGAACCAGGGCAGUAUAUCAACUUAUGGACCCCGACCACCCUCUCCUCGGUCCUGCAAAGCCAUCCUUUCAGCAUAGGAAACUGUUCUUCUGAAGUCGAAACCCAGUUGAGGAUGGUCGUUGAUGUGAAGAGGGGGUUCACGAACAAUCUGAGGGAACUGGCCAAGCGUUGCAUGACAUCGAAUAUUGCCAUAUUCGCCGGCCCCUACGGCUCAAGGAUCCCGGUGGAGAAUUACGAAACUGUCUUGUUAGUAGCCACGGGCUUGGGAUUUGUGGCACUCUCACCCUAUCUUCAGUGGCUGGUUCGUGCAGCGCAUAACAAGGAGAUUAAAAUAAAUCCUGUGCACCUAGUCUGGCAGGUUUCCUCUUGGGAACAAUUCUGCGCAGUUUAUGACCUACUUGGUGAAACCAUCCAAGUAGAUAAUAAGGCAAGUGGGACGAACGUGAGUCGUGAAAACAACAACACACAGUUACAGGAGGACAAAACGUAUGUCAAAACUUCGAUUUACUAUGACGAAAAUGGAAUUCCACCCGAUUGGGCGAAAGAUAUGAUUGAGCAGGUCAAAAAGAUGAGGAAGAGGUGGAAAAGAGUUCAUUUAUACGAAUACCAAAUGCCUCUCGCCGACAUAUUAAGAAAAGAAGCAGCAACAAAAGCGGCAGACAGCAGUGUCAGCAAGCCCAAAUUGAUAGCAGCAUCUGUUUCGGGGGAUGUGAGGGACGAUCUCGUCCAGUUCGCGACAGCGAAAUCAAGCCUCUUUGAUUUAAUAUUCACAGAUUACCAGCCAGAGGACGACAGACAUUCUUUUGAGGAUCCUGUCAACCAAUUCAAAUCCAAUAUUAACGACAAGCAAGCUGAUGCAGGUGUUCCGCUGGAUGAUAGUGCUCGUGGAAAAGAUGUCAGGAGCUCCUACGAGUCUAGAAAUGAUGAGUCCUGUGGAAGAAUCCAGGAAUUUCAGUAUAAGACGGAAAGUUAUUCCAAGGACCUUUGUUGA